CAAAGCAAAAAUCCACAAGAGCUUGGAUAUAAAAUAGGUCAUCGAUGUACUCGAACCUCAUACUCUCCCAUCCUUGCUCAAUAUGCUGUAUGGGCUUGGGUAUAAAACAGGUCAUCGAUGAACCCGAACUUCACAUUCUCCCAUCCGGGUACUUGUUCAAUAUGUCGUCUGAAUCCUUUCGAACUGCGACUUACCGACUCCCAUGGACUUGGGUAUUAAAACAGAAUAACUAUGGACUCGAACCUCAUACUCUUCCGUCUGAAUCCUUGGUGUCUUCUAAAGUCCCACUUAAAUUCUAUGACAUCAAAGUUGUCCAAUUUUGGCGAGGCGAGAAAGAGCACCUACGGCCCUAUCCACUCCACUGGGCUAUCUGCGUCGAAACCAGACCUGACAUAGGAAACACCUAUCAGCUUGUAGGCGACCAAACGAACUACGCUAUCGAUAUCAAACUCAACCAGCGUCUCCCAAAGUCGGACGAGCGUGGAAGUUAUUCCGUAGGAAGCGUGAGCUCGACGGAGCUCGACGAAAUGGAGACAACCCUCCGAAGAGUUGACAUCAUACACAAUCUUCCCUGCUGGAACAGCCAAGAUUGGGUAGACGACGCUCUCAGAUAUCUCAAGUGCUGGGGUUUUUCUGACAUCAUCGGAGAAACAAAGUUGGCGAAUCUACAAGACAGAAUGUGUUGGAUGCUGGAGUCUUGGCCCGGGAUUCUGGACGCGGUGGAAUUUGUCGGUGACUCGGAAGAUCUGGCGUGCGUCCUAUCGAGCCGACGUUGUGUAGAAAUACACCGAUACUACUGGAAGUCGCGAGCCGAGAUGAGACGGAUUCAAUUGCAACAGUUGCAAUGGGAUUUGAUUUUAAGACUACGUGAAUUUGGGCCCCGGGUAUACUGGUAG